CCGUACAAAUGGUCGGAUGCGACGCAGAUCUCUCUUGUCAUUUCGCCGGCAGUUGGAGUUUUUGACGCCCGGCUCUCUGCCUGAAUUUCCACAGCGGAGUUUUUUUCUCCUUUUAGAGAACGACUCUUCUGUUUCUGUACCGGUAACCAGCUUUAAAAAGAAAAAAAGUGACCACCAGAGAGGAAGAAGAUGACUGGCACGCGGAGGACACUCGCCGGACUGUCAUGUCUGCUGAUGCUGAUUCACUGCUUGGCUCUGACUGACGCCGCGCUCACAUGCAGCUCCUCUCAGCUGAAGUGUGGGAAUGGGAGGUGCGUCACCCGCAGGUGGAUCUGCGAUGGAACAGACGACUGCGGCGACGGGACGGACGAAAUGCUUUCUAAUUGUGCCUCUAAAACUUGCCUGCCGUCACAGUUCAACUGCGGCGCCCCGAUACACCAGUGCAUCCCUAAAAGCUGGCACUGCGAUGGCAAAGCUGACUGUAGCAACGGAGCAGACGAGAAAAACUGCACUGCAAAACAAUGCAAAAACGACGAGUUCCGCUGUGCAAACGGCCAGUGCAUAUCCCUCGCCUUCGUCUGCGACAGCGACAACGACUGCUCUGAUGGCUCCGACGAGAAAUCCUGUUCCAAACCCACUUGCAACCCUGGGUCUUUCCAAUGCAACAACUCUGUGUGCGUGCCCUCCCUGUGGCGCUGCGACGGGGACGAGGACUGCGCCGACGGAUCCGACGAGUGGCCGGUGAACUGCGUUGGGAGACAGAAGCCGGCAUCGCGAUGCGGCGUCCACGAGUUUGAGUGCGCAAAUGGGGAGUGCAUCCACGGCAAAUGGAGGUGCGACGGCAGCCAUGACUGCAAUGAUCGAUCCGAUGAGCUCAACUGCAGUCGCCCUGUUUGUUCUGAAGGCCAGUUCCAGUGUGGCGAUGGUUCUUGCAUCCAAGACAGCCUCAAGUGUAACUCAGUACGCGACUGUAGUGAUGGCAGUGAUGAGACUGGCUGCUCCACAGCAUGCGAUGGUCCGUCUGAGUUCAAGUGUAGCAGCGGGGAGUGCAUCAGCAUGGAGAAGGUGUGUGACAAGACGAAAGACUGCAGUGACGGUUCUGAUGAGCCUGAUAACACAUGUGGCAUCAACGAGUGUUUAAGAGCAAACGGCGGCUGCUCUGACCAGUGCAACGACCUGAAGAUCGGCUUCAACUGCUCCUGUCCUCCUGGUUACAAACUAAAAACCGACCAGAGAAUCUGUGAAGACAUUGAUGAAUGUGCCGAACCUGACACAUGCAGCCAAAUUUGCAUCAACCUGCCUGGCACCUACAAGUGCGAUUGCGAGUUUGGCUACAAGAUCGACCCUGUGAGCAAGACAUGCAAAGCCGAAUCAGGAAUUGUCCCCACCCUGUUCUUCACCACCAAGCAUGAUGUGAGGAAGAUGGUGCUGGACCGCAGCGAGUAUGUCCAGGUCAUCCAUGGGCUGAAAAACGCCGUGGCUUUGGACAUGGACAUGGCUAAGAAGACGAUUUACUGGUCUGACAUGUCUCUGAAGAAAAUCUUCAGGUCAAACUUAGAUGACAACCCCUCCAACCCCACCACAGUCAUUGACAGUGGGAUUGAGGCCCCAGAGGGCAUCGCCGUAGAUUGGAUCCACGGCAACAUCUACUGGACUGACAGCACUUUGAAGACGAUCUCUGUGGCGAGCAUCGACGGCACCAAGAGAAAAACCCUGAUCACCGAGAACCUGGAGAAACCAAGAGCCAUCACCGUAGACCCAGUCAAUAACUUCAUGUACUGGAGCGACUGGGGGGAGCACGCCAAAAUCGAGAAGUGUGGUCUGAAUGGAGCCGGUCGUGUUGCCCUGGUAACAGAAGACAUCGUGUGGCCCAACGGCAUCACUCUCGACAUGCUCAAUCAGCGUCUGUACUGGGUGGACUCCAAACUGCACACUCUCUCCAGCGUUGAUGUGAAUGGAGAAACCAGACACAGGAUUCUUGUUCUCAACCAAGAGCACUCCCAUCCUUUUUCACUGACCGUCUUUGAGGAUAAGGUGUUUUGGACAGACACUGGUUUGCGGGGCAUUUACAGCGCCAGUCGCCUGACAGGAAGAGACCUCACCCAGAUCGCUGGAGACCUGGAUCAUCCGGAGGACAUCAUCCUCUACGACAACCUCAAGCAGCCCAUCAGCAUCAACUGGUGCACAGAAAGCAACAGCGGGAAAAACGGCUGUGAAUUUCUGUGUCUCCCGGCUCCUCAAGCCAACCAGAGCUCUCCUAAGUACAGCUGUGCCUGUCCUGACGGCAUGAGCCUGGGUGCUGAUAUGAAGUCGUGUGUGGGAGGGUCAGGUGACAAAAACAGAAAUCCAGUCUCAACUGCGACCCCCACCAAACCCGUCACUGUUAAAAUGACCUCAACCACCACCGUCGCUAACAAAGAACCUGCAUCUACCUCAUCUGUGCAGAACACACAGGAGCCAGCCGCCAAUGCCCAAGGAAACAGACAGUUCGUGACUCCUGCAGAAGCCCCAACAUCUCACACUUCUACUCUCUUUGUUGUGCUGUCGAUCAUGUUGGUGUCCCUGUUAGCUAUGGGAGCUUUGUUUCUGUGGAGGCGCUGGCGUGUGAAGAACACCAACAGCAUCCACUUUGACAACCCCGUGUACCAGAAAACCACAGAGGACGAGGUGCACAUCUGCAGGAACGGCUCCGACGGCUUCGUUUAUCCUCCGAAACAAGUGGUGAACAUGGAGGACAUGGACUUGGCAUAAACUGAAAGAUUUUCCCUCCCUCUGGGGGAAACACCUUGCUGCUCUGCCCUUUCUCUCCGACCGCAGCACUGUGCUGUUCACGUCUGCCUCGUCUGAGCUCCCAGCAUGGCAGAAUGAAGCAGAACUACUUCACAGCUUCCAAUGAAGGAUUACCAUCAGAAGCUGUCCACGCUAUUUGAGGAAUGUAGAAAUGUUCUUGCUGAGAUACACAUGCUUCUUGCAAAAGCCUUUCCUUUGACACGUGCUCUCGUAAUGCUCAUGUGUGCCUUCCAGCCUCACGGGUGAAGCUUUGCACAAAACUUCUCUGCCUUUUUCCAAAGCCACUGUGGCUUUUGCUCACUCUGAGAUCAGGGUUGCACAUGUGCUUGACUCCUUUCAUUUUUAGUCUCAAUAUUGUGUCUUAAAUACAAUAUGUUAUUUUAUGAAUGUUUUCAUUGUCACAAACAGUUUACAUUUUACGUAAAGAAGCUGCUGAGUUUAACCCAAAUGAAGAAAAUGUUUCUAUCUAGUGUGAAGAUCUAUUACUUCCUAAAAACUGUAAAUAGUUUCUGUAAAUGUUUUUGUAAAAAUUCUUUUCUGGAUUAUUUCAGUUUUUUACAUGUGCAAGUUUAAUCAAACAUGUAAAUAUCUUUAAGAUUCUUUUAUUUAUUUAUGCAAAGUUCUUGAAUGUAGAUGGUAAUAUAAUGCAUAUUUUUCAAAAUAAAAGCUGGGGUUUUGUUUUCCUGACGAGCCAGUUCACCCAGUACUGUAUAUCAUGCAGUUGUUAUUUAAGUUGCCUUAAUGAAGCCUUCAAACACUGAGUUGUGUCUGACUCUUUCACAACUCAAACCCUUCCUUUUUGCCUUUAAUAAUUUAUUCUUCCUUUGUUCUUUGUUUCUGUUAUUGAGAUAAUUGUUUUUUUUUAUGUGGAAUUAAGAAAAAAAAUGUAUUUUAGAGACGUUUGCUCUCCUUCACCGCAAAAUGAAUGUUGAGGUUUGCUGGGUAGAUGCCCAGUAAACCGGUUUUUGAUUUGCACUGCAUGUUUUGUUUUUGUUUGAUGGAUCCUUUUUGAAUACAA